AUGACCACUCACGUCUCACCGUCUCACCUCUCGGGCGUCACCGACAUCUCGACGCCUCCAACGCUAACCCCUAAUGCUUGCUGCCGCUACCGCAUGCUCGUUACGCACAACACCACACACACCUUCGUUACCCCGUUCACAAUGCCCAUUUACCCAUACACGCAUAUCCCCCCUGAUAACAAUGAUAGAUCCUUCCGCAACCUGUCCCCCCGCACCCGCAUAGGCGUCGGCCUGGGCCUGCUGGCCUGGGGCGCCGUCGGGCUGCAUCUGUCCGACCGCGCCGAGCAGCGCUACGGCUUCACUCCCACCGAGGAGGACGAGGCCGAGCUGGCCAAGGUUUUCCCUCGCAUCACCGCCGUCGACAAGCACGACGUCAACGACGCCAGCCCCAUUUCCAAGUCUAGUUCCGCUUCUGAGAACAAUGGCAAUUGGCGGUGA